UAUAGGUCAGCAGGCGAGGGAAAGGUGAGGUCGAAGUCCUGUCUGAAUUCCUUCCGUAGGGGAUAGUUUCUUGAGUGUUACGUGAUAUGAAACUAUUUGUUUAUUGAUAAGUCAAUUCGCGGAGACGAUUGUAAUGUUUCCAUGACAACUGCCUGUGUUGUAACCGUUGAAUUUAGCGAGUGAUUUGGAGCAGUUGGAGGUCACAGAGAAAUAUUAAACCAUGGUGAACAAAACAAAGGUGGCCAGAAUGAAGGAAAGGGAGAAAAUUGCUGCCAUGCUUAAGACGGCUGUUCUGAGUCUCUGCCAGGAAAAGUACAAGAAUCCAAUUGAAGUCGAUGCUUUAAUUUGUGUAGCUCUGACCCCUACUGACAAUCAUGUGGUGAAAAUUCAUGAAACUCUUGGGUUUUUUGGAAAUAAAAACUCAGGAGCAGUGACGACACAGGAUACAAAUGGUGACCAAAACAUUUGCAAGGUAUCAAACAUCUGGUCCAUGGGCCCAAAAUCAAAACGAAAAAGGAAAGUCACAAAUGAAGAUAUGCUGAUGAAUACCCCGGCUGGAGGCGAUAUGACAGCAUGGCAGGCGGAGAACAUUUCUAAAAACUUGUCAGAGGCUAGAACUGAUGUCUCGGGUUUAGAAGCACUGAAAAAUGACACACCAGUAAAGAAAUAUCCUUACCUAGUGCAGACUUUGUGUGGUGAGGAUAACAUGUAUCUAAGCAGUGUCGGUAAGGAUGUAUUGAGGAAGGGGGAUGGGGAGAAUUCUGUAGCACCCACACAACCAAAGGAACCAGCUUCUGUAGCAUCCAUUUUAUCGGGAUUGAUGAUCCCAAUGAGUACAGCUUCGACACCUCUCAAGCCCAUACCAGCAGCAGAAAGUCCAAACAUCCAAGUUGCUGAGACCAGCAUUCGUCGAAAAAGAAAGCUGGAUCGCGGUGAGAUCAGAAGAGCAUCUCCAGUGACUCAAGAUAAUGAAGAUGAUGAAUCUCAAGAUUAUACCUCAAUUAAGGAGCAGAGGGACGAUGGUCUGUACAACCAGAACGUUUCAGAUAAGGAGCAUGACUCUAGUGCAAACAAUGAUGAAAGCAACAGUAAUCAAACAAUGAGUGAUCAGACAUUACCAGGUGGUAUAGUGAUCAAAGAGGAACCGAUAUGGAGCACUACAGAAGAUACAGAAUCAAAAUGGCCCACGGAAAAUGAGGAAAACAGCAGUGAGGUUGAUAAUAGUCAAACUUCCAGCACAUGUAAUACUCCAACACAGUUUUUCCAGUCACAACCAGAAAACUCUGAUGAUCCAAUGGAAAUGUCUGUUACUUCGGUAAAGGAAGAACCACAGGAUUCUGAUAUUGGUGAACCAGAAAUGGAGAUUGAUACCGAUAUUGAUUCAUCACAGUUUGACUUCAAUAGAAAUUCUGAUUCAGGCUCAAUUUCAGAAACAACAAAAAACUCUAUUCUUUUGAAAAUUCUCAAAGGAAAAAGUUUAGCUGAAGCUUACAAGAGUAGUAUUCCAAAAGACAGGUUUGGUAGUGAAAGUAAAGAAGGAACUUCCAUGUCUAACUGUCAGCCAAAUACAGGAGAGGAUCAGGAUAACUCCCUGGUCUACAGACUUCCAUUUGUAUCAUUCCAAGAUUUAUUUCCAGGAGAAGUUUCUGGUGAGAAAAGCCAGGAAAGAGACAAUGUUGCAGUAACCAGUCCGCUCGAAACGUCCAUGAGAGUUGGAGCUGCCCUCACACCAACAGAACAUGCCAAUCGCAAGUUUGAAUUGCUCACAAGAUCAUUAUUGGAAAAGAGGAAUAGGGCUAAGGGACCGUAUUCAACAAGAUUGUCAUCUGGAAGAAAAAAUCCAGUCAACUACACUGAAAUGGCAGAUGUAGGGUCAGAUUUUGAUGUGAGCGACGGCUCAGGGUCUCCUAGAAGUGAGCUAGAUGAUUCAUACUCUCCAAGAUUGCAAGGAAUGCUUGAAGACGAUGAGGAAAAGAGUAGACGACCAAGAAAGAAAGGAUUUGGUCGUUCUGGUUCAGAGUUAUUUGCAUACAAACAAAAGACUUAUGUAAAAGAUACCAUGGAAUCAGAUAUGGCCUUAAAAUCUGAAAUGGCAAAGGAGCCAAGAUCAACAUCAUCAAUGACAUGUCCACCGAAGAAGCAGUCCUCAUCAUCAAAUCUUCUGUUGUUUGCUUGUAGUAUUUGUGGUAGUGAAUUCUCGUCUCGUGCUGAACGUGAUCGCCACGAGGAGGAGGAGCAGUACAGCGAGUUUGUGAAAUGUCCACUGUGUAAUGGCUAUUUUGGAGAUGAAAUGUCCAAAAGAAAGCACAUGCGAGAACGCCAUAAGGUGUGUGAGAAAGAACUGAAUUCAAAAACUGGUGGUUCAGGGUCCAGUGGGGAACUCCGGGCCCUCGAGGUCCCAAAAUUCUCUGAAGGGAUGCUGACAUACCACACAACACAGUGUCCAAUGUGUUAUAAUUUCUUCUACAGUGAAGCAGAGAGAGAUGAACAUCUGAACAAGGAACAUAAUGUGACACCAGUCACACAAUGAUAGCGUAUAGUGACCACAAAUCGUGUGACCACAGUCACAAUUAUAGUGGUCAACAGAUAUUGUGACCACAGUCACAAUGAAUUAAUAGGGGACAACAGAUAAUGUGACCACAGUCACAAUGAAUUAAUAGUGGACUACAGAUAAUGUGACCACAGUCACACAAUAACAGUGGACUACAGUAAUUAUGUUAUGAUGGAUCAUACAUUUUGUGACAGUCUUAGCACUUGGUGGACCGCAGCCAAUGUGACACCAGUAAAACAGUUUUAGUGGACCAGUGACAAAGUAAUCGUCACAAAUGGUACCUAUUACGAAUCUAACAGUGUAGGUUGUUCAUCUUGCAUGAAUUUUACAAAUUCAAGCUGUGCAAAUACAAGUCCUCUUCUUUCAUGAAUUUAAUAACUUUCACAUUAGAGUUCACAACACAAGAAACUGGAAACAAUUUAUCAGAGAGACAAAAUUUAACCCUUUUCUUUAAAUGUAACAAAUGAAAUAUUAUAUUUCAGCUGAAAAGCUAUAGGUUUUCUGGACAUUCUAUACCACAAUACAGAUAAUGUUGAUGUUUCAUUAUUAUCAACAACAUGAUUCCUAUUUCUGAUUGGGGAAGUGAUUGCCAUGAAUUAUGCUUCAUCAUGGAAGAUGUCAUUGCAAAGUAUUGUAAUAUUAGGUUAUUAUUAUAAGAUUGGCCAAUAGAAUCAUGUUCCAGGUGUUAUCUAUUAGUGGACCAACAAAAAUGUUUUUGCAAGUUUUCCAAUGAGUAAUAAGUAAAAAUACUGUUAUCAGAA